UCCCCCAACAAGUGGCGCCAUCAAAUCCCUCCAGAUAACGUCGAAAGAAGUGUUCAGUUCAAUUUCAGUGUUGCUAUUGCCUUCCGCGUCCAGCGCAUGCCGGAAAGUUUGUAGGUGCGGACUCGCGUGUCCGUUCCAAGGCGAAAAAGCCUCUCGGUAUCCAUCCCGACCCUCGUCGUCCGUGAGAGGCGUCUGCCGCGGAAUAGAGGAAAAAGCUGUGUUUUCGUUUGUGCGUGGUGUGUGAACGUGCGUCAAUUCGUCAAAUGACAGUGAGGUGAGAUCAAUGUGCUGGCUGUAUCAUGGCUGAGGAGCUGCUGGUUAGUCUGAACCGUAGUGAUACGACGGGAUUCGGCUUCUCUUUGCUCGGUACUGCCGGGUUGCCCCACGUAAUCUUCGACAUCGUUGAGAACUCACCUGCGGCAGAGAGCGGCAAGGUCGAGGCCGGCGAUGUUAUUCUCAGGGUGAAUGAAGUUGAUGUCAACCGAUUUAGCACCAAGGAAGUUCUGAAAUGUCUCCGGCUCUCGUCAGACCCCGUCACGCUGAAGCUGCGAAGGGAUCCAGCCAUCAAAUCGUACGUGCGACGUUUAUUGUGCUCUGGUCAGCCGACGUGCGAAGGUGCUGAAAGUUUGAAACUCUUUCGAACAGGAAUUGAAAACAACUCGAGAAACAGAUCUUCCGGAAAUGGUGACGAGAGAGGCGGAAAAAAUUCCGGAUCGGAAUUGUCGCCGAUAAGUCUUCCGCAGAAUCCUCCGGGUGUUCCGCAAAAUGCAGUCAGGAGUAAUGGAUCGUGUAGCGAUGCAUCCGGAUCCUCGGAAAUCGAAGCGCUUUUACCUCAGUUCGACAGCUUUAAAGAAGAGGAACGCGCCCAGUGGGAACCAUUGUCCGGCGACAAGUUUGGCAGACAAAAAAAUACUCCGAGAUUCGAGGCCUACAUGAUGACCGGAGACUUGAUGUUGAACCUCUCCCGAACGCAACAAAGCACCUGUCUCCUUCCAAAGUACCAGAAAAAGGUGGAUUCGCUGAGGUACAACAAUCAUCAUUCCCACCAUCGCUACAAUCACUACAAUCAUCAUCACCACAACUCCGUACCUACCAGUCCUAACGAAAUACUCGGCCACCACCGGAGCUACAAGGUGACCGGGUCAAAUUCAGCCACUACCUCACCAGUUGGAACCGCGAGGCGCGAAAGCACCCAGUGUUCGCCUGCUUGCGAGAGCAAAAACAACGCCAAUUUCGGCUACUCGAGUGGAUUUGUGAGGACCUCUCGAUCCGAGGACCACCUCCAGUUCCAGAAGGAUCCAUCCAUGAGUACCGUGGACAUCGACAUCGACGACGACGUCACAUCGAGUCUCAACACCCUCCUGGACACGAGACCCGAGAGUGGUCAGGGUCUCUCAAGCGAGCGUAUCGUUUGGACUUACAAUGCGCCUGUCAGCUCGCCCUCCAUCUCCGAGAGAACCUCCUGCUGUCGAAAUGGCAGCUCACCAGCUCAAUCCUCGAGCAGUAGUUCCUCGACCGAGGGCACCAGCCCUCAGCGUUCCCUCUCGCCGGCAUCCCCGACCUCGGUCUCUUCGUCCGUCAUGUCCUCCAACUCGGAGUCUCGCAGGUUUCCUCUUCCGGUGGUGCCAGGCGCCGUCGUUCAGCUUGGACUGGGUUCCGGCGAGGGCACCUCGCCAGGUGGACUGCAUCCCACAAAUGGCGAUCUCAGCCAGUCGGAGGCAAUCAGCAAUAUGUCGAGUCCAGACUACAAUGAUGAAGAGACUAUGGACAUUCUUAGUGCGCGUGAUAUUAUGAUGGUUAGUGAUCCCAGUGAUAGUGAUUCGACGAUCCUCGCGAGUGAGCCACCGCAGAGGCGACUCAAGAGUGGAAGCUACAGCGCUAGUCAGGAGUCCAGUGAAUACAGAAUAGUCAUUCAGGUUAAGGGACCGGACAAGGAGGGCGCGAGGAAUUCGAGUCCGAGGCAGAACAGGCGCAGGGCAAAUUCGAGUAAUGGUGAGAUCCAGCAGCCGAAUCAACAACGGACUGGGAAUAAUCAUUCCUUGGCGGAGUCGACUGGAUACCAGGAAUUAAAAGAUUUUGAAGAAGAAAGAGAGCCAAUGAUAGCUCCUGCCAGCGAAGAGCAGAAGCAAAGUGGCCAAUCCCCUCCUUUAUCCGCCGACGAAGAGAGCGAUAUUGAGAGUCUGCACAGUUUCCAUUACAGUCCAAAGGCCGUGGAUUUGCCGUCUGCAGUCAGAUUAGCAAAAAGGCUUUAUUCUUUGGACGGUUUUAAGAAAUCCGACGUCUCCCGACAUCUUAGUAAAAACAAUGACUUCAGCAGAGCAGUGGCUGAAGAAUAUUUAAGGUACUUUAACUUCGAAGGAGACACGCUGGACGUGGCUCUCAGAAAAUUCCUUGCACAAUUUUCUUUGACUGGUGAAACCCAAGAGCGGGAAAGAGUUCUUGUUCAUUUCUCCAAGAGGUAUCUGGACUGCAAUCCUGGCAGCUUUAACUCUCAAGAUGCUGUUCAUACUCUGACCUGUGCGAUAAUGCUACUUAACACGGAUCUUCACGGUCAAAACAUUGGCAGAAAGAUGUCUUGUUCGGAGUUUAUAGAAAAUUUGUGGGAGCUCAACGACGGCGAUAAUUUCCCCAGAGAAGUGCUCAAACAGCUUUACAAUGCUAUUAAAUCGUUUCCUUUAGAAUGGGCGUUGGACGACGAAGGAGACGAAGCAGCGUCUCACGCUGUUCAGCAAGGCGACGGUCCAGCGAUAUCUACCUCCGGAAAUCCAUUUCUGGAUGUUCCAAACAUCACUGGUGCUACUGAAUAUAAAAAGGGUUAUGUCAUGCGCAAGUGCUGCUAUGAUUCCAAUGGAAAGAAAACGCCUUUUGGAAAGAGAGGGUGGAAAAUGUAUUAUUGUACAUUAAGAGAACUUGUAUUAUAUUUGCACAAAGACGAACACGGCUUCCGAAAUGAUAGUUUACACAAUGCCAUACGUAUUCAUCACGCGCUAGCGACGAAAGCGUCUGAUUAUACGAAAAAGCAGUAUGUCUUCAGGUUACAGACUGCCGAUCAAGCGGAGUACCUCUUUCAAACUAGUGAUUCCAAAGAGUUACAGUUGUGGAUCGAUACGAUCAAUUUUGUCUGUGCAAGUUUUUCCUGCCAACCGCUUGCUGGCGCGGUAGGCUCUCAGCGAAAGUUUCAGCGGCCUUUACUUCCGUGCAGUCACUCGAAGUUAAGUCUCAUAGAGCAGUUGCGGGAUCAUGAAGAUAGAGUGAGUAAGUUGGAAACUGAGCUAGACGAGCACAGACGACAUCCGCCAGAAAGAGGAGCAAAAUCACUGACGAUUCAAAACUACAAAGAAAAAGACGCUUAUCUGCAAUAUGAGUUGAAGAGGUACAAAAGUUACGCCUAUCUUAUGCGAUCGCGAUUGGUCUUCGCCGAGGUGGAGCCGCCUCUGGUCGAGAGCAGCAUCGGCGAGGUGGACGAAGUAUCCGGAGCUCCGCUGAAUUCUGACGUGGCACUGGUCCCACCUCCGGUUCCUGAUCGUCCAGCCACAAAUAGGGUUGAAGAAGAACAAGUCAAGAACAAAUCAAGCAGCUCGACUUUACUAAGGUGCUAAGAGGAAAAUUAUUUAUCCUUCUACGUGAUGAACUUCGUUAGUAAUAAGCGAUUCCUGACUGGGUAGUAUAUUUAUCUAUGUAAAUAAAUGUUAAUUGUUUUAAGUUUUUAAUACUCAGUGAUGUUAAUGUUGAUUCUUGGAUGUUUCAAUUCAAAAUUCGGAUUCCCCAUACCAAUUUCUUGAUAAUGCUCGACUCUCAAAUUUGUCUUUGACAAUCAUAAAAAGACAUAUUGUGCCGUCAAAUCUCGAAUUGAUUGUUAAAAUUUACUUGUGAUUCAGAAUUAAUCGUUGCAAAAUUCUGAACCAGUUGGUGUUUUUAAAUUUUAAAACAUUAACUUUAGUUGGUGUGCCCGAAUGCAGUGUGCCUCAAGGCAAUAUCUCAAGUACCCCAAGGCAGAAAAUAUAUUUUUAUUUCUUGUUUGCUCAUAUUAUUUCGUCUUGAUAAUAGGAAUAGAAUUUUGUUUCAAGUCAUUUAUUUGCCAAUUUUUCGAAUCUACCAGUCGGUGUUUUAAAAUCUAGUUACUGAUGAGAAUGAUAGAAAAUUGUUUGUUUAAAAUUCAUACCUAUACGGGUGAUUCUCUAUAUAAAGGUCACUUUUGCUUCCCUGUGUAAUAUUUUUUCGAACAUUUAUUGAAUUGUUUUAAAAUUUGGAAACCAAGCU